UGAGAGAGAGAAGCAGCGUGAGGAGAUUGUCAGUUGACCGUGUUUCAGCGCUGUGCAGUGCAACCUUGUCAGUUUCUAGCAUUAUUCAUCCGGAAUCCAGUUCUACGUCCUUCUAAGGUGGCGAUGGACUGGCGCGUGAGGAUAGCGUGGUGGCUGCUGGUGGUGCUCCUGCUCGCAUCCGUCACGACCCCCGCAGAGGGGGGCAGAGGAGGGGGGUCCCGCGGCGGGGGUUCGCGGGGCGGUGGCGGCCGUGGCUCGGGGUCUACCUGGAGCAGGAACAGGAACAGGAACAGCGGCAGUGACAGCCACAGUUACAAGCACGUCACAUCGAAGCCCGUCACCCAGAGGUACAGUGGCAAGCUGAAAACGACCCCAAAGACCAAGGACCAUUGGUCUUCACACUACACAACCAGCAGACCUAUUGGAUGGAAAAUACCCCCUCUACGCAAGGAAGACAGUGGUAGUGCAAACAGCAUCGGUGGCCAUCGGUACAAGCCGACAGAAGACUCCCGAAAAGCUGUCACAGAAAAGUACAACCGGCACUACAAGCCGACCGAGGCCGUUCCUGUUGCCACGACACACCGUCACCGACACGGGCACCAGAACCACACCAAGUCCUCGAUCUCGAAGCAUGACACUACGAGCUCACAUAAUGUUUCCAGACACGGGGGAAAUCUGUGGCCUUUUCAGCCGACACAGCGGCCGAGCCUCCACACGAAGGCCCCGGUCACCAGUUCCUACAACAGGUCUCGUGAUGCAUUCCAGGCUGGAGGAAUUCCAGGUCACCUCCAACCGUCACAGGAACCCAGCCACCGUGUGAACCACUGGCCACCACUUCCUGCAUCCACGACUGGGCCCAUUGGAUGGAAUGUACCAGGGACAAACCAUCAAGGUUCCCAUGCUCAGCCUCCUGGUCCAGGCUGGAAUUUGCCAGGAACAAACACGAACAAGCAGCCUCCUGGACCAGGCUUUAACAUCCCAGGGACAAACACAAACAAGCAACCUCCUGGACCGGGCUUCAAUGUGCCGGGCACGAACCCGAACCAACAAGGUUCGCACGCUCAGGCUCCUGGCCCCGGCUGGAAUGUUCCAGGCGGCAGUGCCAAGCAGCAGCCUUCAGCCUCUGACCUCAACCCACCCCAUCAGGCACAGCAGGGCUGGAACGUAGGAAGUGGUACGGGAAGCAAGACAGCUGACUACCCACGGCAGCCACCAUACAACCCCAAUUAUCAUGGGACACAACAGGCACCACCUCCUUAUAACCCAAAUUAUCACGGCACUCAACAGGCACCGCCACCGUACAACCCAAAUUACCACGGCACGCAGCAGGCCCCACCACCGUACAGCCCUCCAGGCCAUGCUCCCCCUGCCUACAAUCCAAACCAGCCACCUCCAGCGUACAGCCCAGGCCACCCGCCAGCCUAUCCGGGCUACCCGACCCAUCAGGCUGGAUACCCUGGCUACCAACAGGGCUACUCCGGCUAUCAAAACCAUCCGGGUGGUUACUCUGGGUAUCCCGGCCAUUACGGAGGCUACCAUCAGGGUUACCCAUCGUACUCGGGGGGUGGUGGUGGUGGUGGUGGUUACUAUGGCUACCAGCAAGGUUACCCUGGAUCUCCAGGCUUUGGUCAUUAUCCGGGUGGCUACUAUCCUGGUGGUGGCUCACAGUGGAGUCCUCCGGGCUACACCUCCAGCUACAGUAUGAUGCCAGGGCUCUUCGGUGGAUAUGGCGGUGGAGGCGGCGGCUUUUUCUCGUCGAGCUACCAUUCCAGCCCAUUUGGAUACUCGAAGAGUUAUUUCAGGCCAAGUUUCCCGAUGAUCAUCUUCUUGCCGAUGCCACACUACCACUACCCUCCAAGCAUUCCACCGAGGAGGACUUGGGGCUGUGACUGCUACGUCCAGGACAAAACAGCGGUGUGCACAUACAAGCUAAAGGAUGACCACAUACCUUCAUGUGUGAGUUCGUCUGUCACUGCAGUGUUCAUCCAGUCGAGGGAGGUGGACCGGCUGUCGGUUGACGCAUUCAGGCACGUUCCUCGUCUGGAAUAUUUAAACAUAACGGACACAAAGCUCAGAUCACUCCCAAGGGAUCUCUUCCGUGACACCAGAGACUUGAAGCAUCUGCUUGUUCAAAACAAUCCUAACUUGAGAUCUUUGGACAAUGAUGUCUUCAGAGAUGCUAGCAAGCUUGAGGAUGUAAUUCUGGACCGGAAUGACAUCAGUUCACUGGACCGAGAUGUGUUCACACACCUGACGAAUGUCAAGAGGCUGAACCUGGCCUACAAUAAAAUCAGGAGUCUGCCUGAGGGGAUCUUCAGAGAUAACCGUGAACUACAGGAGCUAGGGCUGUCAGGGAACCCAUUGCGCAUUACGGCAGAUACAGCAAGGGACCUGCUGAGAAACAAUGCCAAACUGCGAGUGCUUCUGAUGCGCGACUGCAAACUGGAGGACCUUCCGACUGGCCUUCUGAGAAAUGCGUCGAAUCUGGAAUGGCUGGACCUGUCGAGUAAUGACAUCUCACAGUUCCCCUCAGACUUCAUUCAGGAUUGCACGAAGCUGGCCUAUUUAGGAUUGGCCUACAACAAGCUUAAGGUUCUCAGUUCAGAUGUACUGCACCAGCGUGGUGGAUCUCUUGCAACUUUGGCACUUGAAGGCAACCCUUGGCGCUGUGACUGCAACCUUCUGCCCCUGGCCGGCUGGGCCACGUUGAGAAAAGAUGCGGUACCGGGACGGCCCAAGUGCAGCUCCCCACACGACGUCGAGGAUGAGCCCCUGCAGCGCUGGUUCCACAGCAAAGACGCGAUGAAGUGCGGUGGAGCCACCACGUCGCUGCGCACGGACCUGAACCGAGUACUGUCUGUGGCUCGUGCCAUCGCCAAGCAGGGACCGAGCUUCUUCGCAAACCUGCUCCCCGUCUCUGACGAGGAAGUCGGCUUCACCGCUACAAAUUACUUUUCGUACGCCAUGGCGGCCCGGACCGACGCCGACGUCGACAGCGUGGUGUGGCACUGGGCGCGGUUUCUCGAGAAGGUCCUAGACAGGCGGCACCUCCGCUACAGCAAAUUGGUUGCCGAGAAGGGCAUAGACCAGAUCGGCAUGGACAGGAUGCUGCUGCUCAGCAAGGAGACUGAGAAAGAUCCUCUGAAAGUUAACAUUGACGUCCUGAUGGAUCCACUCACAACCACCACCUCGAAGCCACCGGCAGCCAGAGCUAUCGAGCGGCCACUGAGGCCGAAGGGCUUCGAACCUCUUGUGAAUUUCACUUACAUUAUGAAUAAUGUCCCAGAGAACAUUACAAAAGUAGUUGACGACGGUAUUGAGGAAGAGCUGAAGAUUCUGUUCGGAGUCAUCAAUGGCACUAAUGCCACCAGCCCGAAUGCUACAGCAGCCAAUGCGACAGCAUCGAAUUCUACAGGUAAUAUCACGACUGGCUCCCCAAACACUACUAUUGCCGCCACAAACGUGACCCUGGCUCCUUUCUUGCAAAAUAGUGCUCCUGUCACAACAACACCUGCAAGUCUGGCACCUGCCGUUACCUCCACCCCUUCUCCAUCCAAUCUGUCUUCUGUAAUGGCCGUAUCUACAAGUACACCUCUUUCACCUAAUGCUUCCAUUGUGAUGCCUGUCAACACGAUCCCAAAUACGACCUCACUUGUUAACGGUACUUCUCCCGAUAACCGGAACGUAACGAACUCUACUUCGUCCCUGGCAGGUCUCAAUGCGACUGCUGCAUCUGCCAAUGGCACAUCGGUGCCACCAAAGAAGCUGAAUGCCACAGAGCAGGUCGUGGCUGGCCUGCGUUCUGAGCUUCGCGAGGUGCUUUCCACUCUGCUGCUGAGCAUCGAUCGGGCAAAAUGGGAUGCUGCGUACCAGAAGUCUGUCAAGGAGGAAGAGGAGAAAGCUAAGAAAUCACCGCAGCCGCCAAAUUUUGCACAGCAACCGAAACCACCCACUGCUGAGAUGAACACGAGGGUUGCAGGAAGCAGUGCAGAAAGCUGUGUAUUGAUGCAACCUCGACUUACUGUACUUAUUGCUUUUCUGACUCUACUGGCUCAUCCUCUUGUGUAACUGCUCUGUAGAACUGAGCAUGCAAUAGCCAGCUUUUGGUAUUUCAGCCACAAUUUAAUAUAAAAUGCGUUUUCAUUAUCUGUGUGCAUGUCAUUGUCUUUAUUCCUCUUUCACUGCUUAUGAAUUGAAAAUUCGGGUGUACUUUGCCGAAGGAUGUCCUGGGAACAGUUGUUUCUUUGAGUGGAAUCAUUUAGGAAAAGCUGCCUGAAUGAAAUUCUAGGUGCCUGUGAAUGACUUCUGGCUUGAUGCAUUAUAUCUAAUCCUUUGAUUUAAAGGAUUUAUUUAUUAGGAAAGGAACAUAAACAAGCAGCAACUGGCAGGCUUCAUAUUCUAUCCAAAGACCUAUUUCUUGAAAUCAGUGCCAACUGCAGUACAUAAUUGACUGAAGAGCUAAUUUUAUUAUUUAAUGAAUCACUCAUGAGUAAAUAAGAGAUCAGGUUUGAUUGCAUAAUAUUGGAUAACAGACUUCAUUGUUUGAUUGCUUGGCCUUGUACAAUAAGGUAACUUCUGUUGUCGAACUGCUUAGUUACUGCAUGUUGAAGGACGUUGAUGUUAUGCGUAGACCGCUCACUGUUCAAUUGUUCACACAGCAGUGGCUUGCAACCUUAUCAAGAAUGAAGCAUGUACAGUUUCUUGUGAACAUAAAUGCUGUACUAUAAUAAUUGUAUCACAUAUUGUAGCACAUCUUUGUUAUUUGUGCUGAAAAAAUUCCAUGAAAGGUGCUUUGUUCAUAAAUUACUUAGUUAUUACUAUUCAAUAUCUGUGUUGUUGUUGGAGAACUUCCAAAUGUUAACACUGUUUGAGAAGUGUCAGUCUUGGUGUUGUAGUUUUGUCUUUCCCAUUCCCAUUUGCACAAUCCCCACUUAUUUACAUAGAUGUGUUGUAAUAGAGAGCAUAAACCACAUAAGAAACUUAUAAAAGAAAUUUACAUGCUUUGAGGCAGUGACCAAAAUCCAGCAGUAAGGAGUUGAGAAUGUGUGUGUGCAUGUGUAUAGGUGUGUUGCACGAUUUUGUAGACUUAACAGUAUUAGUAAAUGCAUGAUGCCUGUUACAUGUUUUAGAUUCUUUACUUGUUAUUCAAUAAGCACUCCUACAGCUUUUAUAUUUCUGUUUUUUUU